CGCAUACACGAGGCCGCAUCGAAGGUGUGCCUGUUGCAAAAGUUUUUUUGAAAUGCCCUUGGUCAAAGUGAAUGUGUGGUGGAACAAAACGCUCUACAAGGACAUAGAGUUGGACCUGGAUAGCCCCGUGGACCAUUUCAGGGUGCAGCUGUUUUCCCUGUCGAGCGUUUUGCCGGAGAAGCAAAAGAUUAUUUGCAAGGGCAGGAUGUUAAAGGAUGAAGAAUGGGAUGACUUCAAGAGUUUGUUGGUGCCUGAUUGCAAAUUGCUGAUGAUUGGUUCGGCGACAGAGUUCAACGCCGCUACGACGCCCGCGCCUUCGUCGCCUGAAAAUGUGGUGUUUAUAGAGGACCUUCCCGCGGACGAUCAGCCUGGCGAAGACCUCCCUCCUGGACUGAUGAACAUUGACAACACAUGCUACUUGAAUUCGGUGGUGCAGGUGUUAUUUUCGAUGUCGGAGCUCGUGGAGGCGUUGAUGCAGUUUGAAGGGUCCGCGGAGGACUCAGACCAGCAGAUGGCGCUGACGUCGGCGCUGAGAGACGCGUUUCGCACGAUGAAGAGCUCAAAGAACAGCGUUCACUUGUACGACCUCUCGCGAGUGUUGAGGCGCCACUUUGCGCAGUUCAACGAGCGACGAAACAACCGAUACGUGCACCAGAGCGCGGAUGAGGUGUGGGUACAAUUGACGUGGUGUUUGAAGAAGCUGCCCAAGAUUGUAGAUUCUCCCGACUCGGGCGACAACGGCUUGUCUCAGUUGUUGGAGGGCACGCUGACGUCGACGAUUCGGUGUUUGGAACCUAUUGAAGAGGAGCCCACGUUUCAGAAAGAGCCUUUUUUUUUGCUAGAAUGCAACAUUGAGGGGAAAAUGAAUUAUCUGUAUCAAGGUCUGAAACUGGGACUUGAGCAAGAGUUGACGAAAAACAGUCCCACUUUGUGCAGAGAUGCCAAUUACUCCAAGGUGUCUCGCAUCUCUAAGCUACCUUACUACCUAGUGAUUCACUUUCUGCGUUUCUAUUGGAAGCAAGAAGUGAAAGGCGGCGCCGGAAAGAGGACGAAGAUCCUGCGUCCGAUCGAGUUUCCGUUCGAUCUCGACAUGUACGAGUUCUGUACCGACGAACUCAAGGAGAAGGUCAGCGCAAAGCGCGAGCAAGUUUACGCGUACGAGGCCAACAAUGGCAGCGGCGACGUGGAAGUGACCCAGGCGCCCCUGCAGAACGAAACCUGCUUUUACGAACUGUCUGCCGUCAUCACCCACAAGGGAAGAGAGUCGGACAGCGGACAUUACGUGGCCUGGGUUCGCGAAGAAGGAGUUGACGACUGGAUUUCCUACAACGACGAGAAAACUUCUAAGGUAGGACAGGAGGACAUCAGGAAGCUGAUGGGCAAAGGCGGAAGCGACUGGCACUUGGCGACGCUUUGCCUGUACAGGACGAAGCAGUAUCCUUUGGUCAAGAAGAAGACCCAGAGCUAGCCGUUGAGGGUGCAUUUUGUGUUUUUAGAAAAAGGGCUUGUACGCCACGCUUUUCGAAGUGACAAAAUAAAAUUACGUGUUUGGGAUUGCUGGUUUUAA